UCGUUUUCAGAACAUAUACAUAUAUUUCUACAGAAACGCUGCAGUAAAACGCGUAGGCCUAAUGACGGAAAGUGGAUAAAAACAAAUUGCCUGGUCAAAUUUGUUUCGGGAUUUUCCAACUGGACAGUUGACUUGGUCUCAAAUUGUAGUUUAACAGUACGAAAUUACCCAGUUGCCCUGUUCAUAUUUAUCAUGGAGGUCUCCACAAACGGGUCGAGUUUUGGUGUUGACUCUCUGCUGUUUCACAGACCAGCAAGCCCACACUUUUUGAAAGGAGACAGUUCGAUCGAAAAAUGCCGGUCUCCACUGAAGUUAAACCCGAGGUCCGUCCUGGAAAGCGGCUGCUCAUCUCCCCUCUCCCCGCGACUGGAGUCUGUCGAAGAUGCAAUGCACAGACACGAUUUUGCACUGGAGUCCUCGCUACAGCAUGGGCAACUGCCCCAGCCACGGACAGUCGCAUCAUCUUUUCUUAUUCGGGAUAUUCUUGCAGACUGUAACAAACCACUUGCAGCAUGUGCCCCAUACAAGAGUCAUGAACAUCCCAUGCCAGACUCCGAGCAUUUUGAGUCCAAAAUAGCGGACGACUUUAUGGAUAAAAUCCACAGCAACUCGUCCUCGGAAAAUGAAUACAAAGCGCGAGACCGUGACAUGGACAGCAGCAGAGACAGUCCGUCGUCUCGAAUGAAGAAGCCCCGGAAAGCUCGAACCGCUUUCAGUGAUCACCAGCUGGCCCAGCUCGAGCGCAGCUUCGAAAGGCAGAAAUAUCUGAGUGUGCAGGACAGAAUGGAGUUGGCAGCUUCGCUCAACCUCAGCGACACUCAGGUCAAAACUUGGUACCAGAACAGACGAACGAAAUGGAAGCGCCAGACCGCGGUUGGACUGGAAUUGUUGGCCGAAGCUGGCAACUACUCGACUCUUCAAAGAAUGUUUCCCUCGCCAUAUUUUUACUCACAACGUCUGGUUUCGACCCAAGAUACCGCAGCGGGCUUAUAUCUGUACAGAGGACCCUCGGCACCACCACCUAUCCAGCGUCCGCUGUUUCCACGAAUCCUCCUCCAUGGUCUUCAGGGAGGCGGGGAGCCGCUCUCCUCUCUAUCUGGGGUCCUCCCUCGACCUACACAUCGAUGAACGGACAUAGCUGUCAGCAGCCACGCAAGCUCCUCGCUGACAAACAAAUGGGACUGCACAUGAACAAAAUUACAUGACUUUGAAAGUCGAAACUUUUAUUUGGGUCGAUAUUUGUGAAAUGUAGUUUACAGUUUGGCUUUAGGGGGAAAAAUGACAAAUAAACAUGUUUGUAGGCCAAUGUGUAGGCUAAUUUAACAUGGUGUGUUUCAGAGCGGGCCUUCAUAUUUUUUUUAGGCUGACGAAUAGGCUCUUUUAUCAACGUGGAAUUAUUGGAUUGAGGCCAAAAUGAUAUUUUGUGUUAGCACAAAUUUGGGUCUGAAUUACAUUUGUUCUGCUGAAAUUAUGCGUUAGAGCUGGCAAAGGCAAUCUUCCCACAUUUGCGUAUACUGCUUCCACGAUAAACGCUGCAUGUCGGCCCCCAUCAGAAAUUAGCUUUACAUUUCGAUCACGCAAUCUGUAACGUUUAAGCGAUACUGUUUUUAGAGAAUAACUGGGCUAUAUUCAAACAAAACCAAAAUAAACACGUGGUUAUAGCCCAUGUUUAUAACAAUAUAUAUGUCCAUGAUAAUUGCAAAUAAUGGAGAUGUGGGGACCUACAUUCCAGAUUUAUCUUUAGCAUUUAAUUCAAUUAUGACAUUCACUUUUCGUUUCGCUCAAAUUGGACGACCAAUAUGGGGCAACAGUGAAACUUUUUGAAGAUGAAAGAUGUAGUCUUAUUUGAAAUUGUUCGCGUAAUGUCAUGUGGUUGUUUCAAAGUAUCCUAUCCCAGUUAAAGCCAAAACAUGGGGAUGUAUUUACGUUUUUUAAAUGUAUAAAUACGUUCUACAAAAAUUACCCUUCACUCAAAAUAUGUGGUCGAAAGAAGAUUUAGUUACAGUCAGCCUAGACUAAGUUUUUAUUUUAUUAGACCUGUUUAACUUUUAUUUUGACAGGGAGUCAUGUUAGCCAAUCAAUGGGCACAUAAUUGCACACUGGCCUCUAUAAGGUUUAAAUUAAAUUAAGGAAUCAUUAGAAAUGAAAGCAAAACGUGGCCGAGGGUGGUCUAGCAGUCUAGCCGCUGCCUCUGGUGCACAAAACAACCCCAAAUAGGUGCUGUGAAAUGUGUUGUUUUACAUGGUCAGCCAUAGUAGUAAGGA